ACAAAUUGUCCGCGCAUCCAGCGAGACUCCAAUGCUCAAAGGUUCUACAGAAAACCCUAGAGCUCUCCGCCUGUCAAGAGGCCAAGAUGAAGCUAUUCAGAUCAACUAGACACCGUGAUAUCGCCCUACUGUCUUCCAUACUCCGUGUCUCACAGCCCAUCUGCGCCAGUUGUGCUCGUCUGCAAGGCCUAUACGACAGCCAUGCUCCCUCCAGCGUAUCCUCACGACGCCCGUUCUCAGUGCUCAACCGACCUCCGCCGAAUUAUCCCGGUCACGUCCCUCUCACGACCGUGGAGCGCGUUGGCCUAGCUCUUGGCAGCGCAGUCACUUCGCUCAUUGAUCCCUACAGACAUGACAUGGUCGCCGCACUGGGGGAAGCGACGGCCCAACCUUUCUUCAUCUCAUGGCUGCGGAAUCGCAUGUUGUCGGAUCCAACGGGGAGAAGAAUACUAAGGGACCGUCCUCGCAUCACUUCUAAGACUAUGCCUCUCGAGAAAUUAAGACAGCUGCCCGAGAACAGCGUGGGAAGAACAUACGCUGCAUGGCUCGACAGGGAAGGCGUCACCCCAGACACGAGAGACGCGGUACGGUACAUUGAUGACGAAGAGGAGGCCUAUGUCAUGCAGCGAUAUCGGGAGUGUCAUGAUUUCUACCAUGCCGUGACCGGAUUACCGGUAUGGGUAGAGGGGGAGCUUGGCUUGAAGGCGUUCGAGUUUGCAAACACCGGAUUGCCCAUGACAGGACUCAGUCUAGCUGCAAUUGUCCGGCUGAAACCAAUAGAGAGGCAAAGGAUGUUCCAGAUCUUCUUGCCAUGGGCGUUCUCGAAUGGAUGGAAGAGCAAGGACCUCAUCAACGUGUACUGGGAGGAGGAACUCGAGACGGAUGUUGCAGAACUGCGCCAAAGACUAGGAAUUGAGCAGCCGCCGGAUCUGCGUGCGAUUCGGAAGAAACUGAGAGAGGAGCGCAAAGCUGCUAAGGCUGCCAGAACAGCCACGGAGGUAGCAGCGACGCCUGCUCCCCCUCCUCGGCCAGAGGCGCCGUCGUGAAUGUAAAGCAAUGUUCAUCGCGGGGUAUCAUGCAAAUGCGUCAGGGUUUUUCUCUUCUCCCAAUCAUACCUCCUUCAAGAGGUCGU